AUGCAUGCACCUAUCUAUCUAUCUAUCUAUCUAUCAUCACUCUUCUGUUCACAUCUAUCUAUCUAUCUAUCUAUCUAUCUAUCUAUCUAUCUAUCUAUCUAUCUAUGCCAGUUCCCAUCUUAUCUAGAAAUGCAUUUGAGUUUCCUCAAUAACCCUCGUCGCUGCAUGUCAAUCUCCUUUCUCUAUCUAUCUAUCUAUCUAUCUAUCUAUCUAUCUAUCUAUCUAUCUCUAUUUCUUUCUAUCUAUUUAUCGCGGUCAUUUUCUAUCAAUCUCUCUAUCUAUCUAGGUCAUUUUCAUAUCUAUCUAUUUAUCUAUGUCACUUUCUUUCUAUCUACCUCUGUCAUUUUCGUAUCUAUCUAUCUAUCUAUGUCAUGUUCGUUUCUUUCUAACUAUCUCUCUAUCUCGGUCAUAUUCGUUUCUUUCUUUCUUUCUUUCUAUAUGUAUUUUCAUUCGGAUUUCCAUCACAUGUGUUUUCAUUCUUUCUGUUUCUUUUCCUCUAAAUAUAAUUUUAUUCUUUCCAUCUCUUUACGCCAGAUGUAUUUUAAUCUUUUCCUUCAAAUGACUUCCAUAAUUCCCUCCAAAUGUAUUUGUAUCCAUUCUUCUUUCAUCCUGGUGUAUAAUUCAUAUCCAGAUGUAUACAUUCUUUCCUCUUCUUUUCCUCCAGAUAUAUAUAUUUUCAUUUUUUCCUUCUCUUUUCCUACAUGUGAUAUCUAUCUUUCCUCCAGGUACCUGAUGUAUUAUUUUUUCCUCUUUUCCUCCAGAUAUAUUUUUAUCAUUUCCAGAUGUCUUACGUUGUUUCUAUUUAUUUUCUUCCAAACGUAUUCAAUCAUUUCCAUUCUCAUUUCCUACAGCUGUAUUUUUAUUCUUUCCGUCUCUUUAUGUUCAGAUGUAUGUUCAUCAUUUCUUCCAGAUGUGUUUUCGUUCGAAUUCCUUUCUUCCAUAUGUAUUUUCAUUUUUUUUCCUUCUCUUUAUAUUCAGAUGUAUUUUCAUAAUUUUAUCCAGACCUACUUUCAUAUUUUCCUUCUCUUUUCCUCCAGAUGUACUUUCUUCUUUUAUAUUCUUUCUGUCAGAAGAUUAAUAAUUCGUCCAUUUAUUUUUCCUCCAUAUGUAUUUCUUAAUUUCUUCCAGAUGUAUCUUCUUUCUUCAAUUCUCCGCCAGAUCUAUUCAUCUUUAUUUCCUUCUCUUUCCUCUAGAUGUAUUUUAAUUCGUUGUUUCUCUUUUCCUCUAGAUUUAUUUUCAUUCUUUUGUUCUCUUCGUCUUUCUCAUUGUUUUCUUUACUUUUCCUACAUAUAUGUUUUAUUUCUUCCUUCUCUCUUCCGCCAGAUGCAUUGUCACAUCAAUAUGCAUUUUAUAUCAUUCCUUUUCUUUUCUUCGAGAUGUAUUUUCACUAUUCCCCCUCUUCUUGCAGAUUUAUUUUCAUCCGUUCCAUUCUCUAGCUCAUUUCUUUCUUUCUUUAUCUGUUUGACCUUCAAGAUCGACCGGGCGGAAAUAGGGGAGGGCUUUUAG